UAGAUUUUUGGCUCCAGAGUAUCCGCAACACCCGAACCAUCGGUGUCAUUUCAUGAUGCUCAGAGUCAGGUCAGUGCUACAGAUUGCCCAGCAAGGAGGUUGGUGCACACGUCGAACCGCCCCAGUGGCACUUCGAAGCUUCGCCGCGCUUCCAAAGCCCCAGCGAGAUCCAGAACGACCUCUGAAACCUGCUACACCCUGGCUCUUGUUCCUGCAGGAUUUUCGCGCAGAUGCCACGACGCGGAAUACGUUGAAGGCGAAGGAGGUUAUGACAGCAGCGGCCAAGAAAUGGCGUGAAAUGCCUUCGCCUGACAAAGAAAAAUACGAGGCCCCUGCGAAGGUGGCGAAAGAGAAAUACGACGAAGCCAUGAAGGCAUAUGUGGACUCGGGCAAGAAGGAUGCCUGGAAAAGAGAUCCCGAGCGCCCAAAGAGGCCUUUGACUCCCUGGAUGAAUUUCAUACAGGAGCACAGGCAGAGCGCCUCAGGAUCUGUGACGGAGGUAGUGAAGAGCGGUGCAGCGAAGUGGAAGAACCUGAGCGACAUCGAAAAAAAGGGCUAUGAAGUUGGUUAUGCAGAAGCGAAGGAGAAGUACGCGCAAGCCAUGAAGGCGUACAAGGACUCCGGCAAGGCUGCCGCCUGGGAGGAGAAAGUUGGCAUUGCGAAGGUGAAGGCUAAGAAAACCAGCAAAGAUCUCAAGGCCAAGGAAAAGAAGAUGAAAGCCAAAGAACAGGCCAAAUUGAAGAAAGAAAAAGACAAGGGGAAAGCCGCAAAGGCGAAAGCAGUUGCAAAGGCCAAAAAGGCAAAGGAAGCUGAAAAGGAAAAGUUGAAGGGUGCCCGGCGACGAGCUUCCCUGAGGGCCGGCGAGCUUCAGGUGAGUGGCCGAUAUCAUCACCUCCCAAGAAAGCUCUCUGAUGACUAUGAUCUCUCGGACACCGUUCUGGGCUCCGGCUUUUCUGGCAAUGUCCUUUUGGCCACCAGCAAGCGGCAGCGCAGCGGCCGAUUCGCUGUGAAGAGCAUCAAGCUCUACAGCAAGGAAACUCGCAGGACCUUGGCCGCUGAAGUGGAGGUCUUCCUCUCGGUGGAUCAUCCCCACGUCUGCCGGCUCUUUGAUGUCUAUGAGGACGUGGAUCACUUGGAUCUGGUGAUGGAGUGCCUGGAGGGCGGCGAGCUGCUCCAACGCGUGAACGCCGGGCGCUUCGCGGAGAAGGACGCGGCGGACGCGGCCUAUCAGAUGCUGCUGGCCAUACGCUACCUGCAUAGCUUGGGAGUGGUGCAUCGCGACAUCAAGCUGGAAAACUUCAUGUACGAUGAGAAGGGCAGCAACCAUCUGAAGCUCAUUGACUUCGGCUUUAGCAAAGCCUGGGAUCCGGAGAAAAACAAGAAAUUGAAGAUGAAUUGCGGCACGAUCUGUUACGUUGCGCCAGAGGUGAUCCAACAGAGCUAUACCAACAUGUGUGAUUUGUGGAGUUUGGGCGUGGUGGUGUUCCUGCUUUUGGUGGGCUAUAUGCCAUUCCCCAUACGACCCGAUCUGGAAGACACUGAAACGGAUAUCCUGAAUGGUGACUUCACCUACGACGAAAAGAAAUGGAGCAAAGUAUCUGCCAGUUCCUUCGACUUCGUCUCAAAGUUGCUGCAGCGCGACCCCGAGCAGCGCAUGACGGCGGAGCAGGCCUUGGCCCAUCCCUGGAUCCGCGAUCGGGAGCAGAUGCCCUCAGGGACGGAUUCCAGCGGCCUGGACGCCUCGGUGGUCCAUUCCUUGGCGGCCUACGCGCGGGCCUCGAAGUUCCGCCGGACCUGUCUGCAGGUCAUGGCCUGGUCGUUGUCGAACAGCGAGAUGGCAGAGGUGCGCGAGGCCUUCAUGGAGCUGGACCAAGACAAGAAGGGCACCAUUCAGCUGCACGAACUGCGCACGGUUUUGGAGGAUCGCUUCGACAUCACGGAUGAGGAAACCCGGAAGAUCUUUGCAGCCUUGGAUGCCAGCAACCACGAGGAAGUGAAGUAUAGCGAGUUCCUGGCUGCCAUGAUGUCCUCGCGUAUCGAGAUCCAUGAAGAUCUGGUGCGGACGGCCUUCAAGCGCUUUGACACGGACCCCGAAAAAACGGGCCCGGCAGACCCACCAGGGCAUCCACUGAAAGAUGAAGUCUAUGGUUAUAACAUGUUAUAA